AGCACAGUCAACCCAACAUGGCAUCAGCAAUGGCCAACAUGGAAGAAUAUUUCCGAGUCAAUGUCGAGCGAAAACUCUUCAUGUUCCAGAACAAGAAGACCAUGACCUCACUCCAGCAACAAAACUUCUUGAACGUCGUCGAGAAAUGUUGGAAGUCGAGACGGGAUUGUUGAAGCAAAAAGAAGAGUUUGCCAUGAAGAUGGAGUCGCUUACUCAACGUAGGGAAGAGUUGGCACGUAAAGAGACUCAAUUAAAAGACUCGUUGUUAAAAUUCGACAAAUUUUUAAAGGAAAAUGAUGCAAAAAGAAUGCGUGCGUUGAAGAAAUCCAUGGAUGAGCGAAAAGUCCGUGAGCAAAAAGAAUCUGAAAUCGAUAUGCUUAAAGUCAGUAUCACAGGUUUGGGGGAUAAAAAAAACCGACAGGGAAACGCAGUAGAAUCAAAUCUGUGGUUUCAAAGAUACCUUGAGGGUGUACUUGAAAACGGCGACGAGUUUGCCGAAAUCAAAGAUAUCAUUUCGAGAUUUGAUACACUCUCUGCAACAAAUACCGAGCUUAUAGAUAGAGCUCGUGCAGCACAAGAAAAGACUGAAAAAGAUCGACAGGACUUUUUAGCAUUUUCAGAGGGAAAAAACAAUGUUAUAUUAAACAGAAACAAUGAGAUAGCUCGUUUACAAACAAAGCUUGAGGAGGCUCAAUCAAAAGGCUCCAAAUGGCAACUGGAACUCGAUCAGACACUGAAAAAUGCAACACAAAAAUCGCUUCUUUUGGGUCAAGUAAAAAUGGCCACAAACAAUCUGUUUAAUGUGGUAAAAUUACACUUGGAUAACCGGCUGAACUCGACAUCCGACACGCUAUCCCAGCUAGAUAAAAUCGGACAGUUUAUCGUGGAUCUAAAUCAAAUUACUUUGGAUGCACAAAGUAAAGAAUCGGCGAUUGGAAAAUCUACCCGUUUGGGAUAA